AUGGCUUCUAACUCAACUUCUUCCCUUAGCUCGGGCUCAUCUUGGACUGCCAAGCAGAACAAGACCUUUGAGAUUGCUUUAGCCCUUUUCGACAAGGACACCCCCGACCGCUGGUACGAUAUUGCUAGGGCCGUUGGGAAUAAGACACCCGAGGACGUUAAAAGGCAUUAUGACCUACUUGUGGAAGAUGUGAAGCUUAUCGAGUCCGGCCAAGUUCCAUUCCCGAAUUACAUAACUUCUGGUCGGACUGAGAGAUCAGGGCAACAUCGGUCAUGA